AACAAAAACAAGCGGUUAAGUGUUUCACAGACGAGACUGUAAUAUACACGCCGUAUCAGACUUAAAUUAGCUCAAGUAUGAUUCAAGUUAAUACCGAAUCGCAUCCACGAUUCAGUGCUAUCUUGUUAGUAGUUUAUAAUUUAUCAUAUAUUAGAUAUUGCGAUGAAUUACUAUCGUGUCAAAAUCAACCGAUGAUGAUUAUCUUGAUAAAUAAGCUGUGCCCUGAUAACAAGUUUCUGCAAAAGCCCGGUUUGCAAGCAAUCUUAAAACAACGUUAGUCUUUCCUAAUCGCAGCUACGGAAUUGCAAAACAAAACUUGAGCAAAAUGAAAUUACAAGAACUUUUGCGUGCUCACAAAACUAAUUGUCUGGACGCGAUGAUUAAGAGGAAGAGCAUGAUGGCGAUCGAGAACUGCUGGCAUGAUCUUAUUCAGUGCAAAUACAAACGGAAGUUUGACCUGGUGAAGACACUAAUCGAAAAAGGCAUCGAUUGUGAUUUGCGCAAUUAUGAAAUGUUGACUCCCAUAGAAUAUGCGCUUGUUUUGAAAGAUCACAAACUGGUUAAACUAAUGCUUGACACUGAGGCCAAUCGUUUCCCUCAAACGCAGCGGAUGGUUUACAGGCUUAUAAGACGUGGUAAUGUUGAACUGUUGAAAAUGUACUUCGAAUCAAAACAAACUAGUGAAAGGGACCAAUUCUCACUCGUAUCUUAUGCGUUGGAAGAAAUGCUUGUGAAGAAAGUGUCGCCCAUGGAGGAAAUGGAAGCCUAUUGUAUUAAAAUUCAACUUUUGAUGUGUUAUAGUACUACUGAUACGACGGUGCCUGAUAAAAACCAACGAAUCAUCAACAUUCGGGAGCGGCUGGGGAUUAUGUUGCGGGAAAUUACUUUCCUCCUGAACUACGAUGUUGAUAACAGUCCUGUGGACGCCGAGUUUCUUCUUGCCUUGGAUAUCAUCAGUGAUAACAUGUACAUAAUCAGUGCGCUGUGGUCUAAGGAGGGAUUGCGCCGAUUAGGGCCACGCUCAAUGUGGGACCAACUGCACACAAAAGAAAUAAUAUAUUAUAUCUACAUAUUUACAAGAGUUCAAAACAGAGUACUACAAGUAAUACCAGUCACCAGUGUUCUCCUUGUCGAUAGUCAAUUUAUGUUUGCAAUACUGAGAAUGCUUAGGGUGGAACUCACGGCUAUUAAGACAGACAAGGAACGACGCCGACUUGAAGGUCUCACUCUGGAAGAGGAUCUGCUAAAAUUAGUCAGACAAAUCGAUAUAUACGCCGUUUGGAAGCGUAAAUAUCCCGACAAAAAAAUAAGUCCUGCAAUAGUCAAAUUAAAAAGACGAGGAAAAGCCCUUUCGCUACAGGCAACUGGACUAAACGCGAAACAGUUAAGUUAUUUAGAAUAUUUGCUUUCCAGCCAGCGAUCACUGGAACAAAUACAAACUGAAUGGAGCAAAUUGCACCCAUCUGUAAGGCUCAGCAGAAAAGCGGUUCUGUGGGCUCUGGAAACUAUUCGUUUCCGACAAGGGACUGAAAGAUCGAAGCCAUUUAGUGAAAGAAUGCCACUUAAAUCACGCCGCAUGAUAAAGCUCUUGAUACGUCGUUAUCAAAGCUUGAAAACUUUGCUUUCUUUGGAAAAAUUGAUUGCAGUGACUGAUAUAAUGGCAGAAAUUCCUUUGACGCACGAUUACGUACGUUGUGUGGGGUUUGCAGCUUUCAAAGGAGCGUUACAUUGGAUUGGAGAGUACAGCAAAUGCACCGAUGAAACGGCAAAUUUGAACGAAAGACUACACAAAGAAGUCACUUGUUGGAAUUCACAAAAAAUGAACAGAUUGUACGAACAGGAAAGGAACAUCUUCUCGCAUGGAUUGUCGUUAUCCGAAAUAAAUUUUCGAAAACGGUGCGAUCAAGAAGAUCUCAGUAAUGUACGUUUAGAGUAUUGUAGAACUGUCCAGAAAGAUAUAGGCAAAAGGAGCCAUCACUUCCGUUCUGUUUAUGAGUUGGCCCUCAUGAAGGCUCUACGGUCAUGCUGCAGCCGCAUUAUGUGUUUUAAGUCGAUCGAGCAAUGUCGAGUUUAUUACGGCUUGGCACGUCAACUGUUACCCGAGGCAUACAAGGGCGUUAAUCCCUGCUUUAGGUUCAAAGAAAUGCAUGCUCUUUUGGAACAACUGAAAAGUCACAAAAAUUCGGCUAAUAUUCAAUCUCAGUUGCAUGCUGUUCUACGGCAUGUGCAGUUGGCACAAGAGGAAGAUCAUGCGCAUAGAACAGCGAUUUUGUUGUACGAGAAUUGUUUGAUAUUUGCUAUUCAAAGUUUGGCGGUUGCAAAGAAUCUUGAAUCAGCUAGAAGAUUAUUUUCCCACUAUAUCACUAUGCACUCUAUAACCUAUUAUUCAAGUGUUUGCUUUACGCAGUUAAGGGAAGCGAACGUAAAACUAUCGCAACUCGUCGGAUUGCCAAUAUCUCCUGACAUUAAAAAUAUUCUAUUUGAGUUAAAUCUGCUUUUAGCGGGUAAGGAAAACCGACAGAAUGAUUUGAAUAAGUAUAAAUUUUACCAGUUUGUUCCGUACGAGGAUGAGUUAUACACAGAAAAUCUAUUAGCUGCAUUGAACAUUCAUUUAGAUGCCAAAAAGUUUUAUUACAUUCAUAAUGAGUUGAAUCGUAAAAUCUACAACCCAGUGUACUAUAGUAAUGAAGCUAAUAUCUUCAAUGUAGAGAAGAAACUAAAAGUCCUCCAACAAGUACUAACGGAACAGUCUAUACCAUUCCAAACGUCCGCCCUGGUGGGACUUCAUCAGACAGAAACGCGCAAAUUUCAACUAAUAUUCGAAGAAACAAUCCAAGCGCUUUACGACUUGGUUGACGCAAAGCCUUAUCAGGAUGAAAAGCUGGAGGCUACACGCCGUCUGGCCAUCAAAAUGGGUUUGCUUGACAUUUGUGAAAUUUUGUCCCACACUAAAGCAUUCCAAAUGCGUUUGGAGUAUUUAAACAGUCCUGCCCCUCCACCGGUUGGAAGAAUAAUGCGCAACAUACUGGCGCAUGACGUUACGGUUGCUGGUUCCUCCGUUUUAUGUUCGGAAAAUACGAUCAACUUAACAGUUCAAGUACUGUACGAACUACGGCAUGAAAUUCUGAAUUGCGAAAGAAAGCAUGCGGCAUUGCCACUUUUUGGACCGUUUGCACAGAAAUACAAGCGCCGGAAACGAUUGUUGAGAGAGCAAAAAAUCCCAAUAGUAAAAACACUGGAUAACUUUCUGAUGCAGUGCGAUCCGCAAUUCGAUAUCUACGGAUUAUUCACAUAUUCUUGGAGUGGGAGUCGAGAGGCAGUUCAUGGUUUGUUAGAUGUCCUGCUCCAUCGUCAUGCAGACGAUGCAAUCGCGUUUGUUGAGGACUAUUUGCACUCGGAUUUUCACGUUUGUGAAUCGGAACAGUUGUUAGUGCUGUACUACUUGUGGAAGCGUCUCCCCGUUAGUACACUUCUAGGAUUAUUUCCCGAACGAAUUAUAAGAGCGUUCUCUAACAAUGGAUUUUCUACCGGUAUUGUAUAUCAAUCAGGCAUCGAGUCUGUAUUCGACACAAAGCAAUUUAAAGACACAUGUAUUGGGGCUGGAUUUGAGGAUGAUGGCUUCGAACCACUAUACCAGAUUGAGAAAUUGCUUGCCUUUUGCAUGAAAACAGGAAGAUUCAUAAAAUUCAAAAAGUUUUUCAACUGCUACGGAAAGCGUUUUGAUUUUUUCGCAAAAAGCAAUUUUUCACACCCUCAGUUAGUAGAAAAAUUGAGUGAUAUAUUACCAUGGAACUCUACCGACAGCAGCGGAAGAAACCUGUUGCAUUUGCUAUGCUCGGCUAACAACGUCGAUGCAAUACGUGACGCCUUAAAUAAUACAGCAGCUACCAAGCUAAUGGAGGAAAAAUCCGUUUCUGGUCACAAUCCUUUGCAAACGGCUGCAAUAAGUGGUUGCUUUGAAAUUAUCGAAAUUUUCUUAACCAACAGUAAGUGUCCUCCAGUAGAUGACGUUACGCUAAAGAUGGUUAUCUCGUGUCACCGCAACAACCUUCUAACCUAUUUUACGAAUCAGCUUAAGAGCGGUAUGGGACUUUCAAAGAUCAUGCUUAGCAUUGCUAACAGCGCGAAUGUUGAAGCUUUCCAUUAUCUCAGAAAUACGGUUUCGCCGAUAUCAUUUCGGCGCAUGCUGAACGAAGCUGGCAAUCAAACAUUUUUGUACUAUUUAAUUUUCUGUGGUGCUGCUAAAGCCCAAACAUUCAGUAAAUUUCUCACUAUCCCAGAGGUUUAUCAAACUAUCGACGAGCCAGGCAGCAAGAGUCUACUUUACGCGGAUAUGGAAAGAGGAAAGUUCAAAAACGUACGUUUCCUACUAGAACUCGGUGCUACGGUAAAUUUGGCUGUCAUCCGUAGAGCAGCCCUCUCAAACAGCUAUCGGUAUACUAAAAAACUCUACAGAGAAUCUAACAUGAUCCUCCCGGACAGUGAGCUAAUAUCUUUAAUUACGGCAAUCAUAUUGGAACAUAUCGAUGUAAGGAUAUUGAAAUUUUUCGUUCAAAUGCUAACUACAAAAAAAGUUCCUUACCAGUGGUUAGAGCUUUCUAUUCAGCGUCACGCCUACAAGUACGUACAAUAUUUAUGUGAAACUUUUCCCUCUAUGCUCCAGGAGUUUGAGCAGAAAUUUACAACACAGCCAGUAAACCUGGCCCUUCUCGUGACUGAAAGAUGGGACUCCUUUGCCAAAGACAAACCAGUCAUCAAGUACCUUCUGGAGCGCACUUCGAACCUCACGCAUCCAUACCCAAUUCUUCUGGAAGCUGUUCGGAUUUGCGACUUAGAUAUUAUCCGAUAUUUGCUAAACAGGCGCGUACCCUUAGAUAGCGUUUCUAGGGAGUUCACCGCGUUAGCUUACGCUGCCUUUCUGCACACAACACAAAGGCAGAGGAACAGCCAUGCGAUCCUAAAAGCACUCCUAGAACAAGGUUCCGACGUCCAAUUUUUGUUGGACAAUAAACCAGCAUAUUUUAGUCACAUUCAAUUGAUGGAAAUGGUCCUGCAGUAUACUAAUUUUGACCCGUGUAAGGUGCAUCCCAAAGUAUCUUUUUUCCAUAACGCCUGCGCGACAGGAAGCUUGCGAUUGGUUAAGCUUCUUGUUGAACAGUAUAAGGUCAACAUCGGGAUGAAUCACGGUUACAUGCUAGGUUUAGCACUUACUGAAAAUUCGACCCCAUUGAUGGUGUGUGUUUGGAAAAAUUCGUUUGAAGUCAUCAGAUAUUUACUGCCUCGCGUCAACGACCUUAAAAUAAUCGAAAAGAGCUUGAUCCACGCGAUAAUGGCAGGAAAGGUAGAAUCGGUCAAACUAUUAUUGCCUUGUUGUCCUUCGUACAAAACAAUUCCACGUCUUAAUGCGAUAACUGUGAUGGCUUACGAUUCGAAACAACUGCACGUGUUCAUAUACUUGCACUCCAUUUUGGUACAAACGCUUGAGACGCGCUGAUCGGAAUAUUAUGACAAGUUGGAAGUAAACGAAGAUGUGGAAGUCCAAAUGACCUGAACGUACGCAAGUUUUCAUUGAUUUUUUUCAUUGAAGGGAAACUUUGCACACGUAUGAGGCGUAGAAAACUCAGCAUUUUUUUAAUUUUUUUAGACUCAACAGUAGUUUUCUAAAAAGGGCAUUUGCAGUUUGAUAUACAUACACUUUAUUUGCAGCAUUGAAAAAUAUAUACCAUAAGAUGAAUGACAGCAUUGAAACAAAAAAAAAUUAAAAUAAGCACCAAAUUUCAUAUAACUUAAGAAACGAGUUGAUUUCUUCAUGUGCAAACACAUGAAUCUCUAUCAUGAAUAAUGUUAAAAAAAACUGAGAGGAAUAUUGAACAUUUUUUUGUAGGUCACAUAUUUAAAAAAAAACUUAUAAAAACUUAGUUUUCUAAGCUAAAAACAUUGCAAUAAAACACUGUAUUGAAAUACUGUAUACCUAGUUUGCAUUUGCUUGACGAAUUAAAAAACCAACAACUAAGUACGAGUGCCAAGUUCCACUCACAAUUUUUUACUGCAUAGUGAUACUAGCUUUUACAGAAAAAAUAUACACAUUAUUAUCCAGAACUACUGAGUCUUAUACAAAUUUUAA